AUGGGCGGCCUGGUUUCCCGGUGUGGUUGUAACUCCAAAAAGGGGAAUAUCAUCGGUCAAAUUGUCCAACUCAAAGGCCAACGGGACGAAUUGGAAGAAUAUCGUGAGUCAUUGAUUGAUCGCUUGAACGAACUAGAUGAGGCUGCCAGAGAAUACGCACGCCACAAUGAACGCGAAAAAGCUUUACUGUGUCUGCGCAAAAAAGCGCUAUCACACGAUCAGCUGUCUAAAAUAGAUAAUUAUCUCCAUCAAGUGCUCAAAGUAAUAUCUGACACUGAAAUGGCUCAGGUUAACCUGGAAGUGUACAAGCAUCUGAAGAUAGGAGCUGAGCUCCUAGCCAGUAUGUCAAAAUGUAUGAAGCUCGAUGAUGUCGAGGCGAUGCAAGCUGUUCGGAAAGACUGUAGAGAUAAUAUGGAAGAGACGACCUCCGUCCUCAACCAGAGUUUCAAUACUGAGGAUGAUUCGGCCCUUUUGAAGGAGCUUGACCUUUUAUGCGGAGACAACUCAGCGGGAGUUGCACACGUCAUAGAUGAGGCCGCUGAAUCGGAAAAAAAUAGAGAAUCGGAUGCAUCGUCACCGCCAGAAAGUGAGUCUCUGAACUCCCUUCCUAGCUUGGAGAAGACCGAAGAGGUACAGCGUGUUAAUGCGCAAGUGGCAGAGCCGUCGUGA